AUGUCGCAAGAACAUCGUAACGACAAUCAGUCAAUCAACCCAAGAGAACCUGCCAGGUCAAAUGAGCCGGGCUUUCCAUUUAAUGAGCAGGGUGGGAAUCAACCAACAACGCCCUCAGCACGGGUUUCAAUUCCUCAAACACCAGGUGGAAAUCAACGCUCACAUCGAUCCCGUCCAACUUCCUCUAAUGCUAGCGCAAGUUCACCUCCAAAGUUAACCCGACGUAAAUCUUCGUAUAUACCGUCUGAAGAGUCUGACGAUUUUGACGAAAAUAGUGAUGAUUCUAAUAAUUCCAAAAGACGGCCUAAGAGGAGGGGCUUAAAAAAAAGAUUAUCAUCGUAUAGAAGGAGAUCAGAAGAUAACCUAGACAAUGAUAACGAAGAGGUUAAUGGUAACGACGACGAUGACAAAGAGCCAGAUGAGUCAGAUAGUGAUCGAGAGCUUACGAUCAAGGACAGACAAGAAGUAAUCAAUACGACACAUCCAUUCGGUAUGCCAAUAUGGAAAUCCGCCUUAUACAAAAAAUCUCGGUCUGUAAUCCGAGAUGCUAAUUCCGCUUUACAUUCAACACCAACGGCGGAAUUAUAUUUGUCCACUGGAAAUUUACUAUGGGCAAUAUUAUUUGGAUGGGAGUUAUCACUAGCUUCAUUCAUCGCAUCACUUAUUUUAAAUAUAACACCAUGUGGUGGCUGGAGAUAUGCAAUUGUUUUAAGAGAAUUGAGUUACUACAUAUUAUGGCCUUUCGGUAAAUACGUUGAAAAAAUUGACGAAUGGUCUGACGAAAUUGACGAGCAUGGCAUUAGUAUGAAUGACACUGAUCUUCACGGCAGUGGUUCAUUAGGUUCAUUAUUGGGUAAUGGCAUAGACAUUGAAAUUAAUGUUGAUAAUCCAUUGUUGGGACGUCGGACAGCUGCUGGAACUAUUCGACGGCUUGAACGCGAAGGGCCUAGUUGUUGUGGAAUUGGACUAGCAGAAUUUGUUUUUUAUUUUUUGUACUUUUUGAUUAUUGGACCUUUAUUCCUUAUUGUUUCCGCUUUAUGCUGGUUUUCCAUUAUUGCCAUUCCGAUGGCAAAGCUUACCUAUGUGGUUUUAAGACAUCUACGAAAGCAUCCGCUUACCAUACAUUUUAAAUCUGGGUCAUCUACUACCAACAACCGAUCUACAAUUUUAUUGUGUACAUAUAAGGCAAUUGGCUUGUAUUAUAAGUACACAUAUGAUGGAGUUAAUAUUAUAUUUAUUAAUCUCAUGGCCCUUGUUGUAUUUGCGGUAAUCGAUAAUUAUAUAAUUAGUGAAAUAGUAUCUGAUCCAGAGGACCAUUUCAUAACUUCAUCUGGCUUUAUGUUCUUUCUUUCUCUCGCUUCUGUGAUACCUCUUUCUUAUUUUAUUGGGAUGGCAGUAGCUUCUAUUUCUGCACAAUCCUCAGCUAGUUUUGGUGCUGUGAUCAAUGCCACGUUUGGUAGUAUCAUAGAAAUUAUCUUAUAUUCAAUGGAAUUAGUUCAAGGAAAUGGUAAACUUGCUGAAGGCAGUAUUAUUGGGAGCUUAUUAUGUGGUGUGCUUCUUAUGCCUGGUUUGAGUAUGAUUGGUGGAGGGAUGAAACGCAAAGAGCAAAAAUUCAAUUCUAAGAGCGCAGGGGUGACUUCAACCAUGCUUAUUAUGGCGAUCAUUGGAGCUCUUACACCUACUUUAUUCUAUCAGACUUAUGCUCCGUAUAUAAUGAACUGCAGAACGGUUACUUGUGCAACUGGUCAUAUUGAACCCUCUUGUCAAAUUUGCCAGCAUACCCAAGCUGAUCCAAUAGAAACAAAGUUAUAUAAUCUAUACGUUAAGCCGUUGAUGUAUUUUUGUGCAUCAAUCUUGAUCUUGUCAUACUUAAUUGGUCUAUGGUUCACUUUACAUACCCAUGCUGCCUUAAUGUGGCAAUCCAGUCAUCACACAUCAGAACAUGAUCAAUCUAUCUACAGACGACUUGUUCCCCUUCAUAUUCUACAACAGAUACUGCCACAAUCAUCACAACAUAAUGGUCCAGUCGGUUCCACCACUGCUACUCGUUCUAUGACAGAACCUAUUCCGAGUACUAAUAUUAGUCCUACUUCACCUUUACCCGGUAACAACAUUCAUUUUGAUACAAUUGCUGCAGCAGCAGCAACUCUAGCAGAAAAUCAACGUUUGAGACAUGCGUAUGAAUCAGAGGAAGAAGAAGCAGCUGGACAUGAUUCACCAAAUUGGGGCAAGGUGAAAAGUGUAGUUGUGUUAUUAACAUGUACAAUUUUAUAUACAGUUAUAGCAGAAAUGUUAAUACAAAAUGUUGAGGUUUUAUCUACAGCCGUAGAUGAAAAGUUUCUAGGAUUAACAUUAUUUGCAAUAGUUCCAUCUUUUACAGAGUUUGUGAAUGCAGUGGGAUUUGCAUUGAAUGGGAAUAUCGCACUUAGUAUGGAAAUUGGUUCCGCUUAUGCGUUACAAGUUUGUCUACUACAAAUUCCGGCAAUGGUUGCAUUUUCAGAAUUUUAUAAUUAUAAUAAAAAGGUUGAAAAUCAA